AUGAUGCAAUUCAAACUUCCAAGGUUUGUAUAUGGGGUCAAUACGUUUCGCCUUGGAGAAGCUGGAUCAUCAACUUUACCUAUACGAGCUUUCUCUUCCACUUCCAGACGAUCGGCUAGAACUCAUGGGGGGUUAAGUCAUUAUGAUGCUUUGCGAUUAUCUAAGAACGCUACUAAACAACAAAUAAAGGCUUCUUUCUACGAGUUAUCUAAACAAUAUCAUCCCGAUGCUAAAAGCGGUGAUACAGCCAAGUUUCACGAAAUCAACGAUGCAUAUGCAGUCUUGGGUGACGAUAGUAAACGACGACAAUAUGAUCUUUCAUUAAUACCUGCUUCUCAAGCAUCUCAUCAACAUUCACCUAGAUCAUCAUCAAGUCACCAAUCACAUUCAUCUUUUUCAGCACGUGAUCCAUAUCUUCAUCGAGCAGCUCAAGGUCCACACAGAGCAUGGACAUCAGCAAAUGCAAAUGCUCAUCGAUCAGGUCAAGCUCCACAUACAGAAAAUUAUACUCCGUUCGGAAGGAAAACUCCACCUAAUUUCCAAUAUACCUACGAAUACAAUUUCAAUUACAAUCCGAAUGCUAGAAGCGCCAACUCGCCCGGAAGAAGAAAAGGUAAAGGGGAAGAAGAAGAGGUAGGAAGUGCAGGUGGUGGAUUUUGGAAAUUCGUAGUUACAGUCGGCUUAAUCAUGGUGGUCAUAUCCUUAGGAGGCGGAUUGACAGCUAACAGUCAAACGACAGAAGAAUGGGUCUUAGAGAUAGUCAAUGGUGAAUACCGGAAAAGACUGAAAGAUGGAGAUUCAUCUGGCUUUGAGGGAAAUGAUCUGCAAACGGAUGGAUUAGAACUGGACUAA